GCCGAGGAAAAACGCAGUGGUGUGAAGGAGGCCUUACCCGCUAGCUCGAAAAUCUUCCGUUUGAAGAUUCUCGAGAAACGCUGCUCGAACGUGGGUACCCGGGGCUCGUGGUGACGGUGAAAUCAUAGAGGGGACGUCCCCUCCUGCCCUGCUCCGUUGCGCGUAGCCAACGUCAUUGUGGUGUGUGGGGCCAUGAUCGUUCCAAGUGUGUGUGCGUCCCUCGAGCUUAGCGCGGCGGACUUGCCCAGUAAAUACGAGGCUUCCGUUCCGGUGUACGUGUCGGGCCAUUGCGUUGCAAACUAAGAAGCAGAGACUCUCGGUUCAGUUGCCGCGUACCCGUGUCACCGGCGUGAUUCCAUCAUGCCGUUGAGUAUUGGGGUUAACCUAAGAGUGACCGGACACUGUAAUCAGGGCGGUCGUAAGUACAUGGAGGACAUGUUCAGCGUGGCCUUUCAGUCUACGACGGAUGACAAAGACCUGGAGUACGCGUUCUUCGGGAUAUUCGACGGCCACGGGGGCGGCGAGGCGGCCACAUUCGCGAAAGAGCAUCUGAUGAACGUGAUCGUCAAGCAAAAGAACUUCUGGUCGGACCGCGACGAGGACGUGCUACGCGCGAUCCGGGACGGAUACGUGAACACGCACUACGCGAUGUGGCGGGAGCUUGACAAAUGGCCAAGAACCGCAUCUGGAUUACCAUCUACGGCUGGGACCACCGCUAGCAUAGCGUUCAUUCGCAAGGGAAAGAUUUAUAUCGGCCAUGUCGGUGAUUCUGCAAUAAUAUUGGGGUAUCAAGUGGGUGGUGAUCCGCAGUGGCGAGCUAAGGCAUUGACCAAAGAUCACAAGCCUGAGAGUGGACCCGAGAUGAUGAGGAUACGAGAGUCCGGUGGGAAAGUAGUCAGCAAAUCCGGUGUUCCAAGAGUUGUGUGGAACAGACCUCGUAUAGGACACAAAGGGCCAGUUCGGAGGUCGACUCACAUUGAUGAAAUACCGUUUCUUGCUGUUGCUAGGUCUUUAGGUGACCUUUGGAGCUAUAAUUCUGAAUUAGAUACAUUUGUUGUGUCGCCUGAACCGGAUGUUAAAGUUGUUGCAAUUGACGUUGAAUCACACCGUUGCCUUAUAUUUGGAACAGAUGGGUUGUGGAACAUGUUAACACCGCAAGCAGCAGUAGCUAUUGUUCAGGCUGCAGAUAGGCACAAUGAAAAACAUCUUAUUGCUUCCCAGCAAAUGUGUAAUGGGCAAUCUGAUAAUGUUCAACUAUGGAUUAAUCCUUCAAAAAGUCUAGUGGAUAAAGCAUUAGAAAGGUGGUCACUUAGGAGAUUGCGUGCUGAUAAUACUAGCGUUGUAACAUUGAUGUUAGAUCCCCCAGGACCAUCCCGAAGCGAGGUGUUGUUGAGCCAGAAAGAAUGUGUUAUGGCUCAUCACAGUGUACACACACCUCCAACUGCACUCUCUACCGAAAAUUUGGACAAACCUGCUUAUAAUCCUGGAUCUCUAAGCGUACCAAGGCCUCCUUUAAUGGCAAACCAUAAUAUCAAUGUACAGAAACCAGAGUUCUUUAACAGAAUCGAGGAAAACAGAGAGGGACCAAGAACAGAAAAGGUUCUGCCCGAGGAGAGGAUCGAAGAGACCCUUGAAACGAGUCAUCAGUUGGAUGAGACAACGCACACAGGUGUCGAGGACAUGGUCAUAGAAGAAAGCGUUAAAGUCACAGAAACGAUAUCCCAUGAAAUAGUAGAAAAGAAUCUAAACGUAGGUAAUAAAGAAAUAGAACCAACUCCUCCGGAGAAAAUCGACAAGCCAGACGAAGAACAUACAAACGCGACAGAGAAACAACCGGAAGCAGCCGAUCCGCCGCUUCAACAGGACGUCUCGAAGUCGCAGACGCCUACCGCAGAAGAGAACACAGAAAACAACCAGGCUGAUGACUCAAAUGUGAUACACCAAAGUGCAUUUUCUGGUGAGGGUGACGACGUAUGUUCUCCCGCUAACAGCGGUGGUACCACGGAGAAGAGCAACGGGGUUGCGGCGGAGAGCGCAACCACCGACGAAAAUAAAGUAACGGGUAACAUUUUAAACGGUUCGCGUCAUAAGCAGCAGGCCUUGUUCUCCAGCUCGAGAACGGAAGUCGCUAGAAGGAGGAGAAGGCACAGUUUAAAUGCACACUCACGGAACACUCUAGUGGAGACAACCUCUGUGGAGACUAAAACAUACGUGAAUUCGAGGUUUAAACCGCGUAGUACAAAAGUGUCUGUAACUGGGAACACAGUGGAAGAAGGUGUUAGAAACUCUACAAGUAAAACAACUGGUAGUGCUAUCGCAACUAAACGAAGACAUAGUGCAAUAUCGCAAAGUGUAGUUAAUACAGUGGAAGAGGCAUGCAUAUUACAGGAACCUUGUAUUAAGAGAAGAACGCGAUCAGAGGACAGACCGAACCCUGUUGACGAAAACGACCCGGCGAACCAGACCACCAAGGAUGCCGCUGGUAGUCUGAAUUGGCCUAACGCCGAGUCUAACAUUUCCCGUUCCCCGGGGAAUGCCACUACUGUACCUAUACAGGACAGAUUGUCUCCUUUAAAUACCUUCCAAAGAAACCUGGGUAAAAAGGUUACGCCGGUCAAGUCUAUCCGAAGACCAUCAUCUAUCAAAGGCCUGUUGAAGCAAUUGUGGGCUGCUAGUCUCGGUGCACGCGAGUGGGACCAGGGAAGGAAUAACCGGUCAAACGGUUGCAGUGAGAGGAGAAUAAAUCGAACAAUGUCUAUUAUAGGUUCAUCGGAUAGCACAACCGUGCCGCAACGUUGGCUCAGGUCAGACACUAUCGCCGCUACACCUGUAAAAACAUUACGCUCGCGUAAUGUAGACAUACAUCAGUACAGUCUAGUGAAACAACAAAACCGACUCUCUUUGCCGAGUAAACUGAAGCAGUCUAGUGGUAAUGGAUUCCUGCAGUCUAGUAGAGUUAGAUCGUCAUCCUUGUCGACCAGUAUUAAACAGAACAGUAGCAAUACUGGGAACGGGACCUGCUCUACGAUUAGCCCGACGGGUACCGGAUGUAAUUCUAGUUCUGGAAUGGCUAAAAGAGUAAAAUCGCCGUAUAAUCCGAGUGCCAGGUCACUGAGCACGCGAUCUCGCAUUAAGCGCCUUGCGAAGUAAGGUAGAACAACAAGCGUUUAUUAUGUUGUUUCUGUACACAGGGUACUGUCUCCUACCCUUAUUGUUUUCUUUCUUUCUUUUUUUUUUCCUUUUUUUUNAUUAGUCACAUAUUGCUUUCUAUCUCUGCAGAAGAUACGCUAGUUCAGAUAUUCUAUUUAUGUACUGUUGCAUUUUUAUCGGGGAACGUGUAUAGCGCAUGUUUUGGCGCAUCAGAAGAGAUCAUGUCCCAACAAGUUUUCAAACGUUUCGGUGAUACGUAGGUCGCGUUUGAUGGACCAAUCGAUUCGUUAAAAAUAUUCAGUCGUUCACUGUUUUUAUCACAGCUCUGACACCUUUCUUUUUGACUGUUUCUUUUUAACUAUUCAACUGGGCAACGAAAGAAUCAUUCAGACUGUUUUUCAUGUUACGUUUGAAAAAUGACUAACAGUAAUAUUCACGCCAAGGGAAAUUGUACGUUGAAAUAAACGUGGAAUUUCAAGCACCGAAAUAUUUCACUGUUGUUGGUAAUCUUGUUUUCACUUUACAGUGUAAUUGCAGUUUUAAUUUUAUACGGUUCUGAUUUUCAAUUGAUCGACUACUGCUGUUUACAAAGUGAACGUUUUAUUUAAAUCACACUCGGUAUUCGACACUGAACUUUAUCUCAACUACUGUGGCUUCUAAAAUGGCGUCCGUUUCGCGAGGUAGCCGAACGUUAAAGACUCCUUACAUUUUGUUUCUUUUCAUCUUCCUUUUUUUUUCUCUUUUUCACUGCUUUCUAAGGUUUGACUAGCUUAUAAAGGUGUUAAUCGCAGAAAAAUAAAUUCAAGAAAGUACAUGAACGUAUGUAUAAAAAACGUGUGAUAAUCUGAGAAGUAGCAAAAGAAAAAAGAAUGACUGUAUCUAAGAAAGCGAGCGAGCGAACGCGAGAGAGAUAGAGCAUAUAUGUAUAUUUGUAGAAAUUAUCUUUUUCCCCACUGAUUCCUCUGUAUAAGUGUUGCAGUCUUCAGCAAGGAACUGAUUUCGAAGGGAAUUAAAUGUCGUUAAGCGAAAAAUGAAGAAAAAACGAUUAAAAAGAUACAGGUUCGCUUACGAUUAAGAUUAAAGAAAUGUUAAAAUAUUUAGCACGUAGGUAAACGUAAUCACUGAUCUGCUUUGGCUCGGUACAGAGUGGCCAUUGGGGAUCCGCUUUGAGUCACGAGAAAUUUUUUAUAUGUCAAUUUAUACGAAGAGAGACAGCACAAAGUCCAAGUAGGUAUUUCGCUAUUAUAAACGACUUGGUGAUGACACAUAAUUUUUGCUACCAUCGCGAAGCAUUUAAUUCUUCGUUUUAACAUUAACGGCGGUGAAUCUUGGAACAGCGGCCGCUCGGUAUGCGAGGCAACGAAACGACUGUCUAUUAUGCGAUACAAAGUUUAGAUUUAUAUUUAGAGAAAUUUAAAGAAAUGGUUGAUAAAUAAAUUCAAAUGAUUGACAAGUUCGUCUGUUUAUAAUAUGUACAGAACAAGUGCGCGCUUAAAAGG